GUUUUAUCAGGAAUAUUAACUGGUGGAUUCAUUCAAACUGAUUUGAUCCCAGGAAAUGGGUAUGAGAUUAUGCUGGAUUCUGAUGCCUGUUUGGUUUGAUCUCUUGGAUUAUUGAUAAAGCAGAGUCUACUUGGAAUCAUUCAUCAAAAAGAGACAACUUUUCUCUGUUCCUCAUUUGGAUAGAGUUUUUUCACUUGUUUAUAGUUUUGUGUCUUCUGACUAAGCUGAAUGAUUGAUUUCCUCUGUAUACUAUCCCAUUCCCACAUAUCUCGGGAACUGCUUUGUAUGCAUAAUUGUAUGAAAAAAUAGCUUUGAGGACUGGAGAAAAGGAACCUGAUAUAUCUAGAUCUCAUGAGGUGAUCAGUGAAUUUUCAGCUUAAAACUUGAAGGCUCAUAAAACCAUACUUUUGGAAGCUUUUUCUUUGGUUUAUGCUAUUACAUUUGUCAUGUAAAAAUACCUCUUUGCUUUCUUCAAAGGUUCAAAUGAUUAGCUUAGAGACUAAAGGGCAGCAUGAUCUUACUUUAGAUUAAAAUAGCUAUGCACUUAGAGGCUCUUAAUGCGACUGAUUAGGUGAAGUAAUUACUAUGUUCCUUUAGUGCUUCUUCCACUACUUCUGUGUGGAAUUUCUCUGAUCCUUCCAAAUCCUCCUGCAAUUUCAGUUGCUAUAAAACUUAGGUUCCAUAACUAGUAGUAUAUGCAUCAACUCAUCACUCAAGAAUGGAAACCCAUGUUUUAUCUCGCAUUUUCCUCCUAGUUCUCUGCAUCUACAGCCUUAAAACCAUGGUUUAUGGGGCUGGAGAAUGUGGGAGAAAUCCUCCAGACAGAGAAGCCAUAAAGUUGGCUCCUUGUGCAAUGGCUGCACAAGACACAUCUGCUAAAGUGUCAGCAAUUUGCUGUGCUCGAGUGAAACAGAUGGGGCAGAAUCCAAAAUGCCUUUGUGCUGUCAUGCUUUCUUCCACAGCUAGGAGCUCCGGAGCAAAGCCAGAGAUCUCGAUGACUAUUCCUAAACGCUGCAACAUCGCUAAUCGUCCCGUCGGUUACAAAUGUGGAGCUUAUACUCUGCCUUGAAGCAGCAGACAGAAAGCAAUAGACGUGUUCUUCAAAACCAGUCUAAAUUGUCACAUGUUCACAGUUGUAUUACUUGGUUUCAAUAAAAAUAUGAAUCAAAAUGAUGAUUGAUCAUGAAAUGGUAUGACUUGUUACUGAG